CGGAGGGGAACCGCGACCGAGCAUCCUACUGCGAAUAGAACAGGUUCAAAAGCCACCGUACACUGCGCAGGGACGCACUCGUCACCUCGCCGAUAUGGGAUCCCUUGCAGUGAGACUGUUCUGCUGGUUCGCAGCUGUUAUGGUGGUGGUGGCGAUGCCGAGUGCGGAGAUCUCCCUAAGAAACGCCCGAGGACAGACUGUUGUGGACUCUUCAGACCCGUUGGAGAAGCCCAGAAGUAUUGAGUUAGCCCUGAGUGAGGCGUACAAGGGCGGAGUAGUACCAGUAGCACUGAUGUAUGACCAGGCCGGGGAUGACGGAUCCAAGAGACCGCUACGUGACGCAGAACAAGAGCAAGGGAGUGCAGUCUCAGCUGGCAGUACGGAGGUUGGCCACAAGGAAAUGCAGAGUCAAGCUAAAAAUCACACCGAAAACAUAAAUCACAAUAACAAUGGAAAUAACAUUAAGAACUCAAAAUUGUUAAACAUCGAGGCCCGUGAAAGUGAUGACAAUGCAAACUUUGGAUUAGGAAUCCAGAGCAGAAAUAACCCUCCUGCUGAAGAUAAAGAAACUUUUGAAAAACCAUUCGUGUAUAACAUACAACCUUUAUCAUUCUACUCAUCCGAAACAAAGGAAGAGGAAAAUAUACUGAAUUAUAUAAACCGAAUAAAAGAAAUGAAAGAAAAUCAAAUCAAACUGGAAGCGUCAAAGAAACAAGAAAAUAAACCAAGUAAUAAAAAUGAAGAAUCGGUGAUCACCGAAUCACAUGAAGUGGAUAAUAGACCGAUUAGAAGAAAGAUUCAACAUUACCAGACUGUUAUCAAACCUAUUUUAAUGGAACCUCAAGGAUACGGAGGGGCACUACCACAGGGAGCCUUCCCAGUAUAUCCUGCCAAUACAAUGGGAAUGUACCAAAAUCCUUAUAGCCAACAGAUCCCUAACUUUUAUCAGACCCCUCAACAGCCCUCCAUCAUAUAUCUCCCAAAUCCAUUUCAAUCAAAGGAUUCUGGUUCUCCAGUUUCUAAGAAUGGACACACUCGAAUAUUUGAUGACUACUUUCCAAUACUAAUAAAUAAUCCGUUCAAUGAGAUAUGGGCUGGAAUCACAAACAUAAUCGAAUACGGCCCAGAAGCAGACGUUUGUAGGAGGAACAAAAAAGGGAGAGAGGCCGAUGAAGAAGUGACGACAGAAAUUGAUAUCCCCUCGGGAAGAAUCGGUCCUAUUGGUUUCAAAGGAGAUUCUUGGCCUAAAUUUGCGAGGCUUAAAGUUCGUAAAGGAGGCGUGGCUAUUGCAGGGCCAGGAGGUAUAGCGACAGCAGGGUCAGGGGGGACGGCAAUUGUCGGACCAGGAGGAACGGCUUACACUACCAGAGAGGGAACGGCAGUCGUCGGACCGGGUGGCAGGGUGGUUCACGUUCCCGAAUUCCCCAUCUAUGCUAAGGACAUAGAUGGAACUGCACCCCAAGAGUUUGAACCUCCAUUAGGGUCCCGAACGGUGGCAGAAGGACCUGUGGUAUAUUACGACAAUCCCUUGGAUCAAUACGAUGUACAAGAUCCAACUGCCCUAGUUUAUUCACAGCUCAAUUCUUUCUUGAGAUAUCCAGCGGAAAACAUACACACUGCCAGAGAGUCAGGCAUAGACAGACAGACACACUGCCAGAGAGUCAGAUUCUGGGUCUUCCCACAGUCACCGGAGAAACCUGUUAUGUACAUCCCCAACUACAACGCUGUUUUGGUCCCUCAACAGCAGGACUAUCAGACACAUACCCUGCCCGCUUUUCAAGGACUCGCCAACAUCCUGCCCUUCCAGCCGCCGCGCCGUCGUAGACCAAUCUUAGCUGUUCUGGACCUACUACAGAAGCGUUAUAACCUAGCUGAUGAACACGUGCAGGCCACAAACGUGGGGAUAAAGAUUGGAGGGUCUGAUAAACCAGUUAAUGAAUCUUCAAUCCCUAACGAUUCAGUGUAUAAGGAUAAAGUUAAACCUGAUUCAAAUGAAAAGACUGAUGUGAAUGUUACACAUCUUCAUGAAAAUUCUAAUGAAAACAAGAACAAUACCUCUGUAAAAGUUAAUGAUCCUCAAAAAUCAAAUAAAGUAGCAGAAUCAAUAGAGGUCAAAAGGAUUUCACAGGUCAAUCGCAUUUACUCUUUACUUGACAGCUUGACGAAAGACAACCCAGAAGGUAACGAAGGCUUGUCUUAUGCAUUCAAAUACCAGGUUCCUUCUUCUAGUAAGUAUGACGAAGUCGAAGAUUCCUUACAAAAGAGUCUGAGAAGAUUUCCACAGAUUUCAGUAGACCCUCUCCGCAACCGAGUUCUCAAAUCACCCAUAGACUACCGCAAGGCGCAAUCAAGACUAGAUACUCUUUUGGAAGAGAGUGCAAAAUCUGAAGUUCCGAUCCAUUUAAAUACUCCUGGAGCAUUCGGACCAAUUUUACUGAAUGAGUACUUGGACAAUGUUUCAGAUGAUAGUAAAGAACCAGAUCCUAUCGUAGCUGAAAAUCCAGAAGGGCAGCAACUAAAACCCACUAAGCUGACGUUACGCCCCGUGGCGAAGGCCGUGGCGGGACCCAAGGGUAUUGCUGUGGCAUCCCCCAUUGCCAAGGCGGUGCUGAGGAGGGGCCAGGCUGUCACCCUUGAGUACGACCCUGACGCGGUGGCCAUCGCGGGCCCUGGGGGUAGAGCUCACGCUCACCCCGAGUUCACCGUGGACUACAUAGACUCAUAUGCAGCCAGUGCUGGAUUCCAGGUCAGAGGUAAAAGUAACAUUGAACUAGUGUCAGUGGUCGUGUGUGGCAAGUGCUGUCAGCAGGGGUUGAAUGGCAAGCAGGCCGCUAGCGCAUGUGGGGCUGUGCCAAUCGUUGCUUCAUCUAUCCCCAUAGCCAAGUCACAUGUCGCCCCAUCACUCAACUGUCGACAGUUCGGACAAGGUUUGCGGUCCCAGGGCCCAGUCGAGUCGCUAGCGUACUACGGAGGUGCCAAGGGGCAGUUCCUUCUGAUCCACCCCGGAGGCCAGCGCACCAUCUCCCGCAGCCCGCCUCCCCUGCGCGCUAAGGAGGAGGAGGAUGUGGGUAUGGCAACGGAGGAGGAGGAGGAAGGUGACAACGAGAGUGUAGCCAUCAACCCACCCCCAGAAAAUGCUAGCGUAGCAGAGGCCAAGCCUGUGGGAUUGGCAAUUGCAGGGCCGGGUGGUGUGGCGUCUUCCAAGCCAGUGGGCCAGGCUAUAGUGGGUCCUGGAGGCCUCGCCGUCGCUCGCCCCAUCGCAACCGCCAUCGCAGGUGUCCAAGGGGGCGGAGUGCCCGGAGCGGUAGCGAUAGGAGGAAAGGAUCAACAGGAUGCGGCAGGAUCAGAGGCCAGACUCAAACAAGUGUUCUUUGAUCCUGAGACGAACCAACUUCACUUGACCCCAUUGCACGGCCACCGAUACCUCUUCCCUGUUAAUCUUUACUGAAACAAUUGACGGACCCUCUCCGAAUUCGAUUUUUAUAAUACCUGUAAUAAGAUAAGCAAAUUCAAGAUUAAUUUCAUUUAAGAUAAUGUUUUUGAAAUAGUUUCAAUAAAACCCCUUAUGUUGAAAAUAGUCAUUAAUAAUACAUAUAACCGAUAGCAUUCUUGUAACUUAGUAAGUAACACGUGUUUUCAUCUUAUAAUGACGCAUUGAAGGAUUGGCUAAUAUAUUUACAGUAUAUUAAAUCUAAUAAUUGUUAUAAAAUAAAACUAUGUAUCUUAUACUGUUCGAAUAAGAAACGGGUGUAACGAAACUGUUUUAAAUUUCACCGCUUAGGAACAAUGUUUAACUUAAAAUAUUGUUACGUCCUUAUUGUUUGUCAUAGUUAUGGAAUACGUCUAGUUUUACAGAUCUUACCAGCGAGCAUAAGCAGGAUUGAUUUUUUUUAAUGUGUUAUGGUUUUUUGAAUACUAAAACAACGUAUAAAAAUGAUGUUUUCUCUGAACGUCUAUAAAUUACAUCCUUAAAAUCCUAAAUGAGGAUCUUUAAAAUGAAACAAUUUCCAUAAUUCCACUAUUAAAAAUAAGAACAUUCAGUGUUUAAACACUGAUGUUCAUACCUUAAGGUUUACGUUCUUUUUAUGGGGUUAAUAUGGCUGCCUAUAUAGCGGACUCUUACAGAAGACUGUAUUUUGGAUCAACUUUUUGUGAAAGAAGGGAUUUGUAAUUAGCUCGAUUUCAGUUUCACAUUACGUAUUGUGUACUCCAAUUCACACUGACAGUUUGCCGUAGCUUUGCUUGUCUUGUUCACCAAGAAUGUUAUGCUUUCGGUGUCAGAUAGUAUCAACUAGCGUAGCCGAGAUAUGAGUAAAUACCAGUACAACUGCCAUGUACUUACAAACUCACUUAAGUGAUAGAAUAUAGCAACUCUAAUAUAUUCCUAAAUUGAGGUUGUGGUAAAGGAACCGAUUUUAUACUACACUGUAUAUACUACAAUUACGUGCCAUUAUUAGAAGAUAAGUAGAACACUUUAUUAUUCCUUAGGAAUAAAUAGAACGAUUGUAUUGAUGUAUUGAUGAUGAUUCAAAACCACUUAGAGAAAUUUUUUUUGAUAAUAUAUACGUAAUAUAGUACUUCUUAACUGUUUUAUUGAGACUGUUCAAAAAUAAAUAAACAACUAGAAUUAUA